GGGGUCAUAUGGCGUGAACACGUGUUUUCUGUGUCUUUGGGGUGUUAUAAGUUGCUCAUGCAUGUAUUAGACACGCAUAAUUGCACAAAUGAAAGUGUGGGAACAAAAGAUGCGUUCUAUGUAAAAGACCUGCCUGAAACGCCUCGUGUAGCCACACCCCCACAAAUCUACAUCAGUCCGUGGUAUGAUUUGACUAAGACCACCAAAAAAUACAGCUACUAACACAAUAAAAGCAUGUAAGGCUCCAGACCCACGAGGCGCUUUUACGCGGCUGAAAACACCGGUUGUGGGCACUUGAACGGCACUUUUUUUUUCACACGGAGGCGCGUUGGUUACUAUGACACGAUGAGCGUGGAAAAAAACCCACUGAGCUCCGACGCUGAGCCUGCGGAAAAGAACGCCAGCUGCUGCCGUUUUCGUUGGAAUGAAUUGAAAAAACACACGGUACGCCGGCGGAAACGCCUCGGUGGACACAGCCCUUUAGACUUAUCUGUUUUUGCAAUUAAACAUUUCAAAUGUUUCUAGUUUUGCAGUAUUAGAUAUGUUCAUUUAUUCAAUUGACGAAUCAUCUGCUAAUAAUGAAGGUCAUGAAAGGCCCGUGUAAUGUUUUUAUCAUACGUGUAAACCAGGUGAACGCUGGUCCUCUCGCGUACGCCAGAGCGUUUCUGGAUGAUUCCAGCACAAAGAAAUACCCCGACAACAAAGUCAAACAGCUGAAAGAAGUUUUCCGUCAGUUUGUGGAGGUGUGUGGUUUGGGGUUAAGUGUUAAUGAACGACUGAUCAAAGAAGACCAGCAGGAAUAUCACGAAGAGAUGAAGACAAACUACAGAGAUCUCACCAAAGAGCUCAGCGCUAUCAUGCACGAGACGAUCAGUCCGUCUGAUGACGGGAUGAGGAGCCCCAUCCCAGAUUCUCUUCACAUCUUUAAUGCCAUCAGCGGAACGCCGACCUCAGCAACCAUCCAGGGUCUGCCCAACACCUCCUCUGUGGUCUGACCCCUGCGCUGACCUCAUGACCUUUCACCCGUCCACACGCAUCUGCUGGACUCCUCCUUCAGAAGAGCAUCACGUGAGGAAGAGGAGGAGAGUGAUGAGACGGUUCUCUGACCUUCUGUUUCCUGUGGAGACAUUAUCAAGACACAUCACACGUGGUUUUCUGGCGACAUUUUUACUACUAGCCGCAGGAGUGACCGCAAGCAGCAGAAACGGCUGGACUCAAACUCCAAGCCCUGCGUGAGCAUCACAGCUACAGGCCUCACUACUUAUGUGCUAAUCCAUACGCUACGGCUCCAAAGCUUUUAUCUGCUUGUAUGUUUUUAUUGUUUCUUUAUUCUCAGACGGUCCCGUUUUUAAUCUUUUUUUAAGUGACGGACUGAACUGUACUCUGACCUCUGAUAUCUGAGAGAUAUGAAAUCUUGGCAUUGGUUUGAACCACCGAGGCCGAGUCUAAAGCCAUUACAUACGAGCCGUUUAUCUACAUGUAAUAAACUGCCAACAGUGGCACAUUGAGGGGGCGUGACACACUGGAGAAGGGGCGGGGCUUAUGUGUGUCUGGGACACAGUUGAAUGUGUUGAUGUUUUUUAUCUGUAUUUAACAUUUCUCUAAUGCUUAUUUUUUGGAAUAAAUCUCACACAACCUGUGUGUUUCAGGAUUUUCUCAUUCAGAUGUUCCUUUAUCUCGUCAUCUCAUCAUGUUUGUGUUGGACUAACUCUAUAACUGAGUCUAUAAAUAUUUGAUGAUCUUUACUGUGGUUUACAGCUGUCAGUGUUUGGAGGUCUCAGUGUAAACCUGUUGGUGAAGUGAGGACUUCAUAGACGACCCGUCUGAUCAGAGUCCUCAUGCAAACCGUCACAUUGCUCACAUCCUACUUACAGCCUCAUACUGUCUUUUAGGACUAUUUUGUUUGUAAUACAUUUCUAAUCUUUAUUUUUGUUACAGAACAUUUUUAAUAAUCCACAAGUGUUGUUUGAGUCUGAGGAACUAUUAUUUACUACUGCAAUUGAAGAGUUUGGUUCCAAAAUGAGAGAGCUCCGUUUAUUAUUUUUAAUCAAAGAUCAUGUUUUUCAUUGUUAUCAUGUUUUUUGCGUGUUUUAUUGUGUUAGUUAGCUGUGUUUUUUUAGUUAUUAUGGCUUAAAUGAAAACAAACCAACUGCAGUUUGAUUGAUAUUAAUUGGAAUUGUACAAUUUUAUUGAUUUUAUUUAUUAAGGAUGGUUUUUUGAAAAAUGUUAAAAACGGAGUUCUCAUUUUGGAACCAAACUUUUCAAUUGUUUUAUCA